CGCAAAUCUUGUGCCUGAAUAAUUCUGUUGUGUGUAUAAUUUCUAGUUUCAAGCACAAGAAAUUAAAGCAAUCUACAUUUAAGGUUUGGUUAUCGCCCAGGAUAUAGAAUGCUACAUAAACCAUUCAACAUGCAAAUUCCUGCUUCCAAGCAACGGAGCUAUACUGGCAUCAUUGUAUUCGUUUUAACCUUAAUUUCACCUGCAACAAGAAGUGAUGAUUAUAUGUUGCAAAGUUCAGCUACACCAGCAACUCUUUUGUUUUCUGAAGCAAACAGUUCAUUUUAAAACAUUAAAUAUGCAAGCACCACUUUUGAAAUACAAAACUUCAGGGAAGUUCUCCAAGUCGUUGUCUAUGCAGUCUUGCGGAGGUCCCAGUGCUUCCAUUAAAAUACGUGACAUUGUGAUCAUGCCAGACCCAGUGGUCGUUCCAGGCACCAUGAUUGUUGCGUACACUAUGGAGGUUCUUAAAGACCUUAACGCUCCCAUAGGCGUGGACUACAAAAUAGAGAAACAUAUUUUUGCCGACGAGUGGAUUCCACUUUCCUGUGUGAACACUCCCUACGGUACGUGCAACAUUCAGAAUGUCUGCAACAUUCUAUGGGACAUUCAACCUUGUCCUUCAAUGGUCAAUGAGCAUGCGCCCUGUCAAUGUCCAGUCUUAAAGAACAACUACACCAUGGGCCCCAUGCCCAUCCCAAUCCAAGGGGGAUUUGUGGUGGCGGGAAAAUACAGGACUCGCAUCAAGGUAGACAACUGGGAGCAUGGAGACCUGAUGUGCUACGAUUUCGCACUGGAAGUUUUUCCUGCCUCGCCUUAGAGCUCGGUGCAAGACCAGAUAGUCGGCUAGGGCGAGACCAUUUCAGUAUAGUAGGCCUCAACUCUGACCUGCGACGUCGCAAACCUGUGGGCAGUGGAGACCAGUAGCUUUGUUGACACGUUGUACAGACCUGUGACGUGGCAACGAAUUGUUGGUUUUCACUGCCCACAGGUUGUGACGUUGCAGGUCAGAGUCAGUAUGCCUUUUAUGAUGAAUUUUCUCGGCUAAGGUCGUAUCUGGUCCUGGUCUAGUCUCAAUGUUCUUUUUUAGGUCCCAAUAUGUGAUCCGAGAAAUGAUCUCUCGAGUCUACUAACUCUAGUUUGAUAGCAAUCUAUACAUCUAAAUCAUAAUGAAUUAGAUAAUUGUUUAAUAGUUUUUCUUUAUGUCCAUUAAAAGUUUAUUCACGAAGGUCGAAUUGAAAUUUUUCUUGCAUAUCAAAAUCUUUUAAGUUUUGGUCCUUUUUACGUUUGUUGUUAUUUUCUUCAUUUUCUUUAGUUUAUAUUUUUUCUGCUCUAUUUUUACGUCAGUUUAAUGUCUUGAUUAGUUCCUUGAUGUUUUUCGCUCGAUCACAUUUCAUUUAUUUGUAUAAUAUUAAACAACUGAUAUUGCUCUAAACGUCAAAGAUUUUUUGGACUACUCAUUUUUUUUUAAAUUCCUCCUAUUAGCUGACCAACUCUUCAUUAGUGGACACUGCACGUGUAUUUUAAUAACGGCUCCUAUGAAUUGUUUUUAGAAAUUCGACAGCUCAUAUACAUUUGUAGGAAACAAAUAACUACAGCACAAUGAAAACAGAUUUGAUCGUUACAAUUGUUCAAAAUAGAAUCAUCUUAACAUUAAAUUUAGCUUCAAUGUUUUAAUACUACACUGGGGAUUCCCGCACUCGACUCAAAUGUUUUUUUGUGUUCAGUUAAGAGGGGAAUAAAUAAAUAGACGUAAAUUUCGCGCACAGACUAAUGUACAAAUUAUUAGCUGUAUUGUUAAUUGAAAAACUUGUUUGUGCUGCGUGAAAAAAAUUCUUGAAAUAAUGAAAAGGAUUGCAUGAAAUAAAUAGAAAAAGAAUUUUUAAACCACCAUCAGAUUCAGAAAUUGAUUAGAAAUAAAAAACAACAACACUUUUUGAAUGUUGAAAAAAAAAACAGCAAUCUAGCUUCGUUUUAUCAAGCGAUGUGAUAUGUAUUCAUGCUGUGAUAUCAUUUAGUCCCAUAACUAAUCUCUUCACGACGAUAUUUUAAGUGUAAAACUUCCUGUGUGUAUUCGUUUCUAUUCCUAUCAUUAGAUCUCCACAAGUAAAAUCAAGAACACAAAAUUAAAUUUAAAAGUAGCUAAUACAGUUAUGUAGCUAGUCUAUUGGUGUUCAAUUCGGAAAUAAAAUAGGAGCCAGAGAA